CAUGCACCCUUAUAUUGCAACAUAGAUUUUACAUGAAUGUAACUUAAUUAAUCUAUGUUUUUAUUAUUUAAUUAUUAUGGAAACUAAACAAACAAGUUACACUCCGACCAAGUUGGAAAUAGUAAGACCAUCAGUUAAUGAUGAAGAAAGUCAAAUUAAGCAAUUAGGUGAUGAUUUAGACUACUCAAAACGUUCACAGUGGCUAAGGGCCGCAGUCUUAGGAGCCAACGAUGGGCUUGUUUCAACAGCAGCACUCAUGAUGGGAAUUGGUGCGGUAAAACAAGACGUCAAGGCUAUGAUCCUUACUGGAUUUGCUGGCCUAGUUGCUGGGGCUUGUAGCAUGGCUAUAGGUGAGUUUGUGUCUGUGUAUUCUCAGCUCGAUAUUGAAGUUGCUCAGAUAAAAAGAGAGAAAAUGAGGGGAGGAGAAAGGGAGGAAGUAGAGGAGAAGGAGAACUUGCCGAACCCGUUACAAGCAGCUUUUGCCUCAGCCCUUGCCUUUUCUUUAGGGGCUUUGGUACCGCUAUCAGCUGCAUCAUUUAUUAAGGAUUAUAAGGUGAGGCUUGGGGUGGUUGUCGCGGCGGUGACUAUGGCUCUAGGAAUGUUUGGGUGGUUAGGGGCAUUUCUAGGAAAAGCACCCGUUGUAAAGGCUUCUUUAAGGGUUUUGUUGGGUGGUUGGCUUGCUAUGGCCAUUACCUUUGGCCUAACCAAGUUGAUUGGCUCAUAUGGUUUCUAAAUUUUAUUACAAAUAAUGUAAGUAAUAAGUAUGUUUCUAGUAGUUUGCCGGGUAGGGUUAUACGUCUUUAUAACUAAACUAGUUACUGUCGUCCUCGGCAUUUUGGGUCAUAAUUUAUUGGAAAAUUUGAAAUGAGAUUUUCAUCCCUAAUCUAUGUUAUAAUAACAAGGGGGGAUAUAUCCACCAAAAUAUCCUAAACUUUUUUUAUAUAUAUAUGUUAUUUUAAAAUUACUACCUACCAUUUGUACAUAUAUAUAGUUAUACCAUGUGUACAUGUGUAUUACCGACU